UGUGCAGUGCCCGGUGGGCGAAGCCAUUUCACCCGCGGGCUUACGUGGCCCGGCACCACCGGCCGAGCCGUGCGGGGAAACAAGUAAACGCUCGCCCGCUCGCUCGCUGCGUCUCCAAUCCGUCGUCCCCGCUUGGCUGCUGCGGCUGCUCUCUCGCGCGGCCUUCUCUCUUCUCCCUCCAAUAAUUCCGGCUGCCCUCUGGCUCAAAAGCCCAGGGAAAUUGAUGGAGAAGAAGGGGGGGUAGCCACAUGCCUCCGGGUUCGGGCUAGAUCUUCGGGGAGACGGCCGCUGGGAGCAGCCUAUCCGGCGGCGAUCCGAUGGGGGGCGAGGUGCCGGAGCCGCGGCGGCUCAAUCGGGCGCUCAGCUUCGACGACUGGGUCCCCGACGAGGCGCUGCACCUCGUCAUGGGGUACGUCGACGACCCGCGGGACCGGGAGGCGGCGUCGCGGGUGUGCCGCCGCUGGCACCGCAUCGACGCGCUCACGCGCAAGCACGUCACCGUCGCCUUCUGCUACGCCACGCACCCCGCGCGCCUCCGCGAGCGCUUCCCGCGCCUCGAGUCGCUCUCGCUCAAGGGCAAGCCCCGCGCCGCCAUGUACGGGCUUAUCCCCGACGACUGGGGCGCCUACGCCGGGCCCUGGAUCGACGAGCUCGCCGCGCCGCUCGAGUGCCUCAAGGCGCUCCACCUCCGCCGCAUGACCGUCACCGACGCCAACAUCGCCGCCCUUGUCCGCGCCCGCGGACACAUGCUGCAGGAGCUCAAGCUCGACAAGUGCAUCGGCUUCUCCACGGACGCCCUCCGCCUCGUCGCCCGCUCGUGCAGAUCCCUGAGAACUUUAUUUCUCGAAGAGUGCCCUAUUACCGAUAAGGGUGGUGAAUGGCUUCAUGAACUUGCUGUCAAUAAUUCUGUUCUGGUGACACUGAACUUCUACAUGACUGAACUCAAAGUGGCGCCAGCUGAUCUAGAGCUUCUUGCAAAGAACUGCAAGUCAUUGAUUUCAUUGAAGAUGAGUGAGUGUGAUCUUUCAGAUCUUAUUAGUUUUUUCCAAGCAGCCAAUGCUCUGCAAGACUUUGCUGGAGGAGCAUUCUAUGAGGUAGAAGAGCUCACCAAGUAUGAAAAAGUUAAGUUCCCACCCAGAUUAUGCUUGUUGGGGCUUACCUACAUGGGGACAAAUGAGAUGCCUGUUAUCUUCCCUUUUUCGAUGAAGCUCAAGAAACUGGACUUGCAGUACACUUUUCUCACGACGGAAGAUCAUUGUCAGAUUAUUGCAAAAUGUCCCAACCUACUAAUUCUUGAGGUGAGGAAUGUGAUUGGAGAUAGAGGACUAGAAGUUGUUGGUGAUACAUGCAAGAAGCUACGUAGACUCCGAAUUGAGCGGGGCGAUGAUGAUCCAGGUCUGCAGGAAGAGCAAGGAGGAGUUUCUCAGCUAGGCCUGACAGCCGUUGCUGUUGGUUGCCGUGAAUUGGAGUACAUAGCUGCCUACGUAUCGGAUAUCACCAAUGGGGCCCUGGAGUCUAUCGGAACUUUCUGCAAAAAUCUUUACGACUUUCGGCUUGUGCUACUUGACAGAGAAAGGCAGGUAACAGAUCUGCCACUUGACAAUGGUGUCCGUGCUCUAUUAAGAAAUUGCACAAAACUUCGGAGGUUUGCGCUCUACCUUAGACCAGGAGGGCUUUCAGAUGAUGGACUUGGCUACAUCGGACAGUUCAGUGGAAAUAUACAAUACAUGCUGCUGGGAAAUGUUGGUGAAUCUGACCAUGGAUUGAUCCGCUUUGCAGUAGGCUGCACCAACCUGCAGAAGCUUGAAUUGAGAAGCUGCUGCUUCAGCGAGCGAGCUUUGUCCCUCGCUGUACUGCAGAUGCCCUCCCUGAGGUACAUAUGGGUGCAAGGAUACAGAGCAUCUCAAACAGGUCUUGACCUCCUGCUCAUGGCCAGGCCUUUCUGGAACAUCGAGUUUACGCCUCCAAGCCCUGAGAGUUUUAAUCAUAUCACAGAAGAUGGAGAACCCUGUGUGGAUAGUCAUGCUCAGGUUCUUGCCUACUAUUCCCUUGCUGGAAGGAGGUCUGACUGCCCUCAGUGGGUGAUCCCCUUGCAUCCUGCGUGAUUGUAAAUAUGUCAAGUUGCGUGUACCUUCCUGUCUAUCCCUGGGGCAUAAGCAUGGCCUAGUAUGGUUAUUGUAAGAACCUUAGCUUACCACGUUUGUGAUUGUGCUCGAAUAAGCUACUAGUAGUACUUUAGCCGGGGUCUAUAGUGCAAUAAGAUGUUGUACUUGUGUUACCUAUCUAAUCCUAGGAAGCUGUAUACUAAGUUGCUCUGUAACUGUAAGAGUGAUCUGUGCUUUGGUCCUGACCUGAGAGUUGUGAGAUGUACUCCAUUGUAAGUAUCAGAAAUCCAUAUGUUUCUGGGUUCUUUUUUGGCCUAUGCUAUAUGCCUAUAUAAGCGGGGGGUUUGGUG